AUGGGGAAGAGGUGGCAGAUGCCAACAAUGGCGGUGAAGUAUGGGACGAGGGAGAAGGAACCAGUAGCCAAGGGCCACAUAGCAAUAUACGCAGGGAAAGAUGGCAGCAGAUUUGUGGUUCCAUUGAGUUACCUCAGGCACCCGAUCUUCAGGUGCUUGCUAAACAUGGCAGAGGAGGAGUUCGGGUUCUCGCAGCAAGGGGGGCUCACGAUUCCUUGUGAAGCCUCUUUCUUGAGGAAGAGCAUCGAUCAGGUGAGAGGCAAGUUGGCUCCACAGGAGUAUUGCAGUUGUGCUGAAUUGCUUCAGAUUGGGUUUCGAUAG